AUGUUUCUACAUGAGAUUAACCGGAUACACGAAAUGAUUCAUCCCCCAUCUUUUCAGUCAAGUUACGACGUAUGGUGCAAAUCACAUGAGACAAAUGACCACUCUGGAGGAGCCGUCUCAGAAGAUGAUGCCGAUUUUGGAGUGCUAGUUCUGCGGGUCUGCCUUCUCAGCAUUCAGAGUCUACCACAUUCAAAAUAUCCUACCUUUGGAGUAUUGAGUACUCAUCUCGAUCACUUGGAGUAUUGGUUCUGUACCCUCGCCGAUGAUCUCGGGAAUUUUCAGUCGCCUGAAAGAAAGCCCUCCAUCAUCACAGUCCAACACAGAUUCUAUCACGUUUGUUACUUGCAGAAUUACGCCAAGGUUCGGCCCAGUUGGUCGGUUUUGAGUGCUGCCGUGAAGGAUGCACAUGAGCUAGGCCUACAUCUGAAAGAACCAGCCAUCCCCAUCAGUGACCUGAAAAUGGAAGUUCGUCGUAGAAUAUUUUGGAACCUCUAUGUCUGGGAUCGAUAUAUGUGUACCCUCUUCGGGUUCUGGCCUCUUAUCCCCGAGGGAUACUUCGACAUCGAUCCGCCUCACGAUAAUUUACAGGCACUGACUGUCACGCCUUACGUUCUGACUCCUUUCACAGACCGGGUGUUCCAUAUCAAAUUAGCACGGUAUCUCACAGCAUUUAUGAGUCCGCCUUCUUGGAAAGACGAUCAACACACUGCAGCCGUUGUCGCCGAAUUUGCACAGCGAUUUCAAGAGGUGAUAAUUGACCCGCUGCCCCCAGCAUAUUGGCUCGAUACCCCAGAUACAGCCUGGGAUGUUGCGGACCCAGCAAUUCCUCGCAAAAGAGAAUAUCUUCAUCUUUCUAUCUACAAUACAAAGGCUUCGCUCUAUAGGGCCUUUGCUGACCCUUGCAACCAUCUCCACCGAGAGACAAAUACGCCACCCAAGCAUGGCACUGACCUGCUCACACUGUCUCACCGUCGAGCACUCAUGGAUGCUACAUGCAAGGAGAUCUCUUCCAUCGCCAAGCUCUACGCAUUGACGGGCGACGAGGAAGGUGGAGCCGCAGAAAGGCUCUUCAUAUUGCCCAUCUGCCUUGUGAACGCUCUAGCGGGUCUUGGGGUUUGUCUACUCUCCGUUCAAGCCGACGAAAGGAAGCUUGCUGAAAGGGGCUUGAAAAUCAGCCCUGAUCAGGGACUCCGGUCUAGUUUCGCUACCUUCUUCGAUGCCUUUGCUCUACUCUGUCAGCAAGCUCCUCAAUACGGCUUGGCUGAGAAGGGCAUGAAAAUACUGGAGAGUUUGCAUAGCACGUUGCACUCUUCUCCUAGCCGCAAGAUCCUGCUAAAUGCGGAGGACAGCGAGACGGUUACUCUAGGAGCGUUUAGUAUAGGACAAAACGGAGGGACAAGCUUUCAGCUGGAGCAUGCACUGGUGUCUCUGCAUAGCCGCGGCGGUGAAGAAUCUCAUGGUUACAAUUCGACGCCCCUCCCAGAGUGGCUGCCCAGUUUCUUGGAAUCGCCUGGUCGAUCCUGGCUAUUCCAGGAUGUGGCGGUAUUUGGAAAUUUGUUAGCCUAG